AUGUAUUGUGUAGUCAGUUUCGAUUCUAAUGAUGAGACAAGUUUAGCUUAUGUGCCAUUAACAUGCAUUCAAUCAGUUCAAGGUGAUAAAAUUGCAUUAAACAAAAGUUAUCUAUUUGUACAUAAAACAAAUCGUUCAAUUAAAGAACGUGGCAAACUUCUGUUUCGAGGUGAGGAAAGUACAUUACAAGAGGUUAAAACAUAUUGUGAACUCGAGGAUAAUGCCGUAAUAGAUGAUACAACAUGGAUCGAUCAACCAGAAGUAUUUACCAAUGUAACCAAUACAACAGCUAAAUCUAAAACAAAACCCACAGCAACACAAAAGGGCGCCAUUAAAUGUGGACCCUAUCAGGCUGGUGCUAGUAGUACAAAAAAGAAAACAAAACGUGCUAUUAAUCAAAAUGAAAGUGAUGACGAAUGA